UAACAACACGCUCUUUCACCCUUUUCCCCUUCCCUUCAUUUUCUCCCCAGGUCAGUUCUCACUCUCUUUCUCUCUAUCCCUUUACUUUCUCAACCUUCAACUUCCACCAUAAAAACCUCAACUCAAUGGUGAAAGAGGGGUGCAUUUAGUCCUUAUCGUUUGGUUUGAUUUUGUGAUUUUCAACAAGGGGAUUGGAUGGGAAUUCCUUAUUCUUUUGGGUUUUUCUCUGGUUCUGCUGCUGAUGUUGUUCUGAGCAAAGAAAUUCAAUGGCUGGUGUCUGUUUUCGCGGGUAUUAUCUUCAGUUUUAUUGUUUAUAGAUUGACUGCUACUUUUAGUUCUCGGUUGUUCGCGGGAUACAGAAAAUUGACCAGUGCUGGGAAAGUUGAAUGGAACAACAGGGGAUUCUCAACAUUUCAUGCUAUUUUUGCAUCUUUUGCGUCAUUUUACCUCUUGGUCUUAUCAGAUCUCUUCAAGGAUGAUUCACAAGAAGAGAAGCUUGUUGUUAAUAGAUCAUCUACUUUCUCAAAUUCAGUAUUGUCGUUUUCUACUGGCUAUUUUCUAGCGGAUCUGGCAAUGGUGAUUUGGCAGUUUCCAGCUUUGGGAGGUCUGGAAUAUGUUCUGCACCACGGACUGUCAAUGUUUUCAAUCAUCCAAUCUUUGCUAAGUGGUCAAGCACAGAUCUACAUCUUAAUGGUUCUUUUCUCCGAGAGCACAACUCCUUUUGUAAACCUAAGAUGGUAUUUGGAUACCACUGGUCUUAAAAGCUCAAAACUUUACAUCUGGAAUGGCGUUGCAUUGUUCUUCGGGUGGUUGAUAGCAAGGAUUUUUCUGUUCAUGUACUUGUUUACUCACAUGUGGAUCCAUUUUGAUGAGGUGAAGGAGGUCUUUCCAUUAGGUUUCUACAGCUUACUGGUGGUGCCUCCAGUGUUGGCAAUGAUGAAUUUGUUUUGGUUCUGGAAGAUUGCCAAGGGUAUGGUCAAAACUCUUACAAAAUCAAAACAUAGCAAGUGACGAUCCUGCUACAUUUUCUGCUGCUUUCUACUUGAUGCAUGAAAUGGUCAUUGCAUUGCUUCAGUACAGAUACAAAUUACAAUACUUGUAAGAUUUGUUAGAAUUGUAUAUUUGCUCUUACUGAAUUGAAUAAUUUUUUUCAUGAUUGAAUUUAUUCUUCAAUGACUAUAUUCUAUAAA